AUGGGUAAUACUCUCUCAGCGUCACCUUCUGGUGGGCAACCCCAAAAACAAGAGGUACCACUCAAAGGGGAUGAGGCAAUGAUCACGGGCAUGGGUACCGAGUGGCCGUCCCGACUGAUUGUGCCAGAAGAGCUGAAUGAAUACGCCUCGAAGAUCUACUCCGAUAACCCGCCAUGGUUACAAGCCUUGCUCAAAAUCAAUACCAAGACAGGCAUCGAAACACGACCUGUCGUUGACUUGUGGGACGACCCUCGCUGGCUUGGGGCCUCUCCACCCACUGCAGAAGAUGUAGACGCAGAGUUUCGGAAAUACAGUGUUGAACUUUCUACGAAAGCCGCUCUCAAAGCCCUCCGUGAAAGCAACAUCGAACCGUCCUCCAUCACGCAUAUCGUGUCCGUCACAGUUACGAACGGUGGAGCCCCAGGUUUUGAUCAAUUCGUCGCUCGGGAAUUAGGACUCUCUCCAUCAACAGAACGAAUCCUAUUAAGCGGCAUUGGCUGUGGGGGCGGUUGUGCAGCUCUCCGGGUUGCCUCCACAAUAGCAAGUGCAGCCACUUAUCGGAAUCAAGCGGCGAGAAUCCUUGUCGUGGCAUGCGAGCUCUGUAGCAUUCAAAUCCGGGCGGAGCUGCACGCUUCCUCACAAUCUGGAAUUACUGGAGUCGCCCCAGCCCUGUUUAGCGACGGCGCGGCGGCUCUUGUCCUUUGCAACCCGUUAGGGAUGAGCGACAAAACUCCCAAGCGAUUCGCAGUCGUUGACCAACGGACCGGUGUUGCACCUGGAACACUCGAUGAGAUGUCGUACAAAGUCAGCACCCAUGGAUUUUUGGCCUCGAUCUCGAAGAACAUUCCCAAGCUUGCAGUUGCAUCCAUAAAAGCCCCCUUCCAGUCUUUGAUACAAUCCAACGGGAUGUCAUCCGCUUCGCCGACCGACUUUCAUUGGGCCCUCCACCCAGGUGGCAAGGCUGUUAUCCAGGGUGCACAGGAUGCGCUUAACUUGCCAGAUGAUGCAUUGGCGGCUAGUAAUGAGAUCUACAGGACAAGGGGAAACACGUCCAGUGUUGCAGUCCUCGCUGUGUUGGAUAAGGUGCGGGAACUGAAGCUGGAGUCACCGAAUGUUGUUGCGUGUAGUUUUGGACCUGGUCUUACAACCGAGAUGACCCUUUUACGCCGCAUGGUAUAG